ACAAAGAUAUACAGGAAGCGGAGGGGAAGACCGAGGUCUUUCAAACGUUCUUUGCCCAUGCAUCUGUUUGCAUACAGUUUAUUAAAUGUAAGCUACAGCUGUGUUUAAAGAAAUGGAGAAAUUCUCAUCUGUGCAUAAUCUGCAGGCGCUCUCUGCCUUGCUUUCCUUUCCAGCUGACCAGGAGAGCGAUGACGAGGACUACAAGAAUGGGACUCCAAUGGCGAAAUUUGGUCCCGGACACAUUGGUGCGUCUUUCUCCUCUUCUGGCAAAGGCAAUAAAGCAGUCAACAGUGCCUAUGUAAAGAAGCAAACCAAUGACAUUUGGGAUGCGGAGGAGGUUACUGGAGGAACACAGUUUGAUGAUCUUGAAGAUCCACGCUCUCAGCCUGAGUAUGAGGUUAUUUUAAAGCAGAGUGUGGGUACUGAAGAUUUGUUUCUGGGUAUAAGCCGAAAGGAUCCAUCUUCCAUGUGCUGUGAAAAUAUGAUGGUAAGAGUAAAACUGCCAGAAACAAAAACCUCUGAUAUAGUGUUGGACAUAAAGGAGAAUUUUAUCGAUCUCAGAACUCCAAAAUAUAAGCUAGGUUUGCAUCUUCCCCAUCCAGUGUACCACAGGGAAGGUACAGCCAUCUUUAUAAUGGACAGAUCUGAGCUAGAGAUCACACUGCCUAUGAACAGACCACUGGACUGCAUCAAACUGGCCUGAAGAGAGAGGAGUAAACAUAUGUGCUGCUUCAGCGUUUAAAGAAAUAUGUCAUCUAUAACAGAAAAAUGAGAACAAAUAAUCUUAGUGAACCUUUAGCUAUGGCUCAUUGACCAGUAAUAAUUGUAGUCUUUGGGCUUAUAAAGUGUACAGUCUUAAUUUUUUAAAAUAAAAUGCAAUGAAAUUGUAAACGUUUUUAAUCAUACUGCCAGCAAUUUCUCUGGCCCGAAGUCAUCUGAGAUGAACCAAAAGACAGUGGAAACAUGUUCUGUGGUCAUGUUUCAGCUUGUUUUUGAAAAAAGAGGAAAAAAGACCUUUCAGUGUUUUACCAAUGAAAAGUGAAAAAAUAGUAUCUGUGAUGGCAUGAAUGGUACAUCAGUGCCCACAGCAUGCAUGAUCUGCAUAUAUGUGAAGGUACCAUUGAUGUGGCCUGCCUGCAGUUCAAAUCUGUCUCCUAUUGAAAAUGUAUUGCAAACCAUGAAGAGAAUCAGACAAUGGCAACCACAGACUGUUGAGCAGCUCAAGUCUUGUAUACAGCCUCUGUUACAACUUUUUUGAGUGUGUUGCAAACAUCAAAAUAGACUUAUAUUAAGGAAGUUAAGUUCAACAUUAAAAAUGGUGAAAACACUGAAAA